AAACCGAAGUUGAGAAUAUAAAAACCAACGGAGCAACAGCCAAUCCUCGGCGUAUGGAAUGAUUAAUCCACUGCAAUACGUGUUCAAUCCUUCUAUUUUCCUUGUGAUCAGUUGGGUCUUGAUGACGUGCAGAUACAAACACUGAUCGAGACAUUCGAGGAUCGUCGAUCAUGGUGAUAUAUCCUGGGGGAUUUUGAUGGAAAUAUCGAGUUAACAUGCGGAAAAAAUCGGUGGGCAACAACAGACAAGCCUAUCAGAGAGGCAAUCAGAGGGAUGGCUCGCCACAUUAUGUCUUAUUAUACUCCGAUGAUGAGAGUGGAGAGGAGGAGAUUCUCCUGCAACCGAGGAAUAAAACCAACUCGACCCCCAGGAAGGUUGAGGUGAUCGUUGUGACUUUGAAACCUGAAGACACCCUUCAGGCACUGGCCCUCAGGUAUCGAUGCACUAUAUCAGAACUGAAGAGAAUAAAUAAUAUCCACAAGGAAAACGAAAUAUUCGCUCGUCGAGUGAUGAAAGUUCCAGUGCAGCCUUUCUCGAUCUUCACGGAGACUAACACAACGAGUGAUGAUUUAAUAAAUCUGAAUCCCCCUGAAAACAACGAGAACGAGAGUCCAAAUGCCAAGAGAGAGGAAGAGAUAAUAAAUUUAAUAGCAACACCAACAGUUGUUCCAUCGACAAGUGCAGACAUAAACAGUGUAAUAUUGAAUUCAGUGUGCGAGCCAUCGACGAGUGGAAACGAUCAGGAGCACAUUUCUGAUGGAGAGGGGGAUAAAUUAUUGAGGGAUCACCCUAGUCCAGAGACUACAGAGUCGAGAGUCGUUGACACCUUCAAGUGCUCUGGUGCUGACUGGGGCCUUUCCUGGAUCCACGUCCUGAGCUUUUCUUUGCUCCUUGGGAUUGGGGGACCUAUUUUUUAUUUUUUCUGCAUCGCAGACAACGAACACAACCACGAGGCGACUUGAUCGGUCUGUUUUUUUUUUAAGGUGGAACAAUUGUCAGCUGGAGUUUUGUUAGUUCAAUUGUAGGGGGUCUUGUUGGUAGAAGAAUCUAUUUACAUUGACAAUAACAGUUGAAGAAAAUUUCUCGAUUUAUUUAUUGACAGGGGACCAUGUUUGGCGCCUCAAGAUGCGAAGGAUAUUUAGAGCCAGUAAAUGAUAUUUCACGGUCUGCUCUCUAUCGAUCGUGUAGAGUUAGAUAAUUUUUUUAUAUCUCCAGUGAAUUUUUGAGAUGGAUAUAUAGUUGUUGGUAUUGAUAAAGAGAAUAAAUUAUAUUUCUUGAUUGUGAAGACUGGGCAGUUUAUUCUCGAAAUAUUGAAAAUUUGAUUCCCAUGUCAUCAAAAAAAAUUUGGCCUUUUUCAGACCAGUACAAGAAAUUGUUGUAUUUUUUAAAUUUUAAAUAGACAUCUUGGUUUCAUUUAUUUUCAUGAAUUCACGUUCCUGAUGCAAAUACUGUUUGAAAUUUAUUGAGACUGGUUACCGACUUUUUAUAUCUACAGUAAUUUUUGAGACAGAUUUGUAAUUGUUAGGACUGAUAAAGAAAAUAAAUUGUAUUUUUCAAUUAUAAAAACUACUUAAUUCUCGCCAUGUAAUUUUUCAAUGGUAUCUCCAGGUUGUCAAAACCAAUCGCUAUUUCAAUCCACUUGUUUGUUUCCUGUCAUUAGAAAUUAAUGCCCCUUUUAAUUACGCCACGAGCUAAGCGAAAUCAGUGAUUGAAUUCAGUGGAGUUACAAAGAAUGCACAAGCCUGAGUCCUCAAUCAUGUUGGGAGUUCACAUUUUGGUGUUAUUUCUCGUCAUAGCGGUAAGUUAAUUCUACGAAUAUCAUUCAAAAAACAUAA